CAGAAAAUGCCUUCUUGCUUUAAGAUAAGAAAUGACAGGUCCUAAUGAGGAUGACGUGARUAGAAUAUCCGAUGCAGAGACAGAUAAUUGCUUUUAAAUGAUAUUUCAUCUGUUCAUCGUGCCUGCAGCUUUCCGCAUAUAUGAGAUAAAAGAUUUCAGGUAGCCGUUCUAUAAAUACAAAGAGACAAAAGAACAAGUCAUAAAUGAGAAAAGGCUUUCAACUCAACACGGAUAACGGCGUCAAUUGCCUUUUGACUGACGUAUUUAUACACUGUUUGAUGUAAACGAAUAAGAGCGCAAACAACACUGUUGGAUUUAGUACACCCGAUAAUUGAUCAUUUACGAGGUGGYGGCCAUGAACAAUUCUGUGGUUGGUAAUAUCUCUGUACUCCAAGCAUCGSGUCUUACAUCAAAUUCUUGUCUUUAUGGACCGAUACCGAAAGGACAACAAGAAGUAAAGCAAUUCGAAAGCUUCUGUAAAUGCCGAGUUUUUGAAGAAGGUACUCUAGAUACCCUGCUGGUCGAAGAUAUCUUGAGCAAGUUCUUUUUGACCAUCUCGGUUAUUGGAAACCUUUUCGUGAUAAUUGUUCUCAAUCGAAUGAGAAGAGGUUUUUUCAAUGCUCCCAUGAAAGCGCUAUUACAAAAUCUUUCAGUGGCUGAUAUGACAGUAUGCAUUUUGUAUAACGUCAAUGAAGCAGUAGGGAUUAACUCGCCGUUAACAACCAGUACUUUUUGCAAGCUAUUUGGUGGGCUUCUGUGGGCAUCGUUGAGCAGCUCCAGUUGUGCAGUAUGUUGCGUCUCUAUGGAAAGAUAUCUGGCCGUAGUCAAGCCACUGGAAUUCAAUCUCACGAAGAAAAAAGCAAUGCUAAUGGUAUUGUUUUCGUGGUACUAUUCCCUACUUUUUACCAUCCCUGACUUCUACUUUUUGGACCGAUUCUUUGUGGGACCUGUAUGCCUUCAAGGUAUCGUACCGAUUUGUUUUUAUGCACAUUGGAAAGGUAUUGCCGUGUCGACCAUGAAUCUUAUAAACAUAAUCGCAACGUUUGUUAUCCCUCUCAUUAUCGUUGUGUACACCAAUGUAACCAUCAUAGUUAUUAUGCUGAAGUCCGCCAAGGCAAAUAAAAGGAAAAGUAUCGAGCAAGGGAGCGCGAAGAGGAGAUCGGGAGUUAUAAUGAUAGUACUCCUUUUAACUAUGAUGUACGUGAUCUGCUCUGUCCCGUUUACUAUCCACUAUAUACURAAUGCAAUUCCUACAGGUGUAGAAGUUCAUAAGAACUUCACAUAUGUCUCGUAUUAUCUAAUGUUAGUGAACAGCUCGUGCAAUCCUUUUAUCUACUCGUUCUUCAGCGCUGAGUUCCGCAAGGAGUGUGUAACUCUCAUCUCUUUACCUUGUCGMUGGAUAAAGGACAAGCUGGGACUAUAGACGAAAUUGCAUGCGUGUAACCUGCUAGCUCAAGCAUAGCUAACUAUUAUUAACUGUGGUGCACGUAAAGAAAGUAUAUAUGAAAUGAACAAAUCGYUAGAAAAGACUUAUGGCUAACAACAUUCUAUAUCAAGAUACUCUUGAAGUCCGACUCAAAAAAAGCACCUGCCGCCAAAGGAUUGAUAAACAGAUAUGUAUAAUGGCUUACUUUUAGCAGCACAGACGAUAUCACAAAGGUUACCGCACAAUACCAAAUCCCCSCAAACUAAUCCGCUGUGAUUAAACAUAUUUUCCCUGCUACAUCACCGCAUCUCAAGCAUAUCUGACUAACAUUCUAAACAAGAUCGCGAGAUUACGAUAAUCCUUUUAGUUGAACAUUGAGUCGAGACUGGAAGACAGCACCAUGAAGYACUAUGACCUAAGGGGCUAAAUUGUCCGUCAACAUGAGCAUUCUAAGACAAACMGUUGCACGACAAACAAUUAUAUACCAAUGCACUAAUAAAUAUCUAUAUAUGUAUGAUUUCUAGUUCCUUCUAAUAAGUAGCUACUACUGUAACAAAGUCUCAUUUCACUUAAAUAAAUAUUGCGGGAGAGAAAAUAAAGUGACUUGGUUCUGUUUC